GACACUUUCUUAUUUUCAAAGUACUGAGAAGAAACUCGAGGGAUUUUCUUUGACAUCUGAUCCACUUCUGCAGCGUUUGUCCAGGCAUGAUGAGGCCACCACAAACUCUCCUGAGUGAAUACAAACUGUGUCACCUGAAUCACCUGAUAAUAAAACAUGAGAAAAGGCUCUAAAGAUAAAUCUGUGUGUUUUUUCCUGAGCUGAUAUCUCAAAGGAAAACAGAGCUGGUAAAUCCUCUGAGGUCAUUUUGAGCAGCAGUUGUGACGGAGCAAACAGAAGCAGGAAUCAGACUCAUAAAAAGACGUGGAGGUGUGUUUGAGGAUCGAUGCCCCCGAUCGAUCCGACGGUGGUUUCUAUGUGAACAAACAGCCGGCAGCUCUCACAGGUGAUUAGAGCUCAUUAGGGAAGUCAGAAAUACGAUAAUUUUAUCAAGAUCUCCGGAAGCCGCUGCAGGAAAAUAUGAUACCUAACUCAAUAAGUCGACACGGUAAAUAAUCAGAACAAUAAAACCUGUGGGGAGGUGGAGACCUCAGGGGGGUUCAAAAAGAGGCGGCGUGGACCCGGACAGUCAGUCUGAUCCGGUCUGAGAGGAGGAUCUGUCCAGGUGAGUCACUCUUUACUUCAGGUUUUAUUCAUUUUACUUUAAUUAAACUAAAAUAUAAGAGCUGAUCCCUUUAUACUGCCAAAAAAAAUGUUUUCUUUUGCACAAAAAUAAAACAGUUUAAUGCAGUUUAAAUUCUAAAUUCUUCUCUCUUUUAUGGACUUUUUCAGUUUUCAGUGACUUGUCUUCAUUUGUAUUUCUCUUAACGUACAGAACUUCAUUUAACUUUUUACUUUUUAUUCCUCAACAUCUUAUGUAUUUCAAGAUCACUUGUAUUCUUUUGAUAUUUUUUUAAUUAUUAUUUUUGUUUUAGCUCCAGAAUUUUCCUUUGUAUAAUCUGAAUAAAACUAUAAAACUAAUAAGAAUAUUGUUGAGGAAAGACAGUUUAAUGAAAAAAAAACACUUUUUAAAGUUAUAUUCUGCUGUUUCCUGAUUUGUGCAGCAGCAUCUCAUAUUUGAAUCUCCAGAUUGAGCAUCAAACUCUUUCUUAUUUAUGUUUUUUUUUGUGUUUUUCCAUCAUGUUAUUGACUUAUUAAGGUCUUGUAUUUUAAUUUAAGAGUUUUAUGAUGUUUUUAAUACAGAUGAAUACAUAAAUUCUAUUGUUAUAUAAAUAUUUGACACUUGUUUAAUAAUUCUUCACACAAUUGGAAAAAAAUAUGAAUAUUUAGAGAUAAUUGCAGAAAAAAAACACUGUAAAAUUGAAUAGUUAUAUUUGUACCACUGUUUAUGAACAUAUAUAUAUAUAAUUGAUCAUAUUGUUAAUGUAAAAUCAAUAUAUUUUGACAGCUUAGACUCACAGAUGCACAGUCUCUUUCCCUCUGCUCUUGUAAAUUCAGUUUGAAGGUCUGGAAACCACCACCCUCAUCUUCACCUUCAUCUUCAUCAGCCUGAUCACCAUAAUGCCGUCGGUCAGUGUGACUCAGGCGUUCCUGCUGUUGGCCCUCCUCCACCUCGCUGCAUCACUUCCUGUCAGGUACCUGAACGCCUCACACAGACGCUGCACAGAAAUCAGACUCACUCCUGGAACAUUUGAAUCAGUUCAUGUCUUUAAAGAUAAAAAGUGAAACGUCUUUAAAGAUAAACUCCUUUAAUGGAAAAGAAAGGAAGAUUUAAAAAGUGAAACGUCUUGAACUGCACCAGCUGGAUUUUUGUUUGUAUUUUUAAAAUGUUUCGUCUCUCUGUAAAAAUGUCCUCAGCCUCAGGGAUGAAGAUGAGCUGGAGAGUUUCCUGACUCAGAUCAAACCCCUGAACGCACUGUGGUCCCUGUCAGAGGUGGACGCUCUGCUGGAGGCCAGACUCAGGUGAGUAUUUUAAAAAAAACAGUUUGUUUGUUUACUCUGACAUUUGUAAAUACAAAUUUAUUCCAUUCUAUUAAUUUAUCUAUUUAUUUAUUUUAUUUUAUAUUUUGAACAUGUGCAUUAAAAACAAGAGUGAGCUGAAAACAAACAAACAAACAAGAUCAAUGAGAAUAUUCAAAACAACAACAAGAGUAACUUUAUUUAUUUCAUCCUCUAAGGGAAAUUCAAAUAACAAUAACAAUAAAAUGAAUUAAUUAAUAAAUUAAUUAAUCAUUUAAUAAAUAAAUUAAAGUAUUAAAUCAAAGCAAGAAAAAAUUCUGAUGAUGUUUCCAGCUUUUCUAGUCAAUCAGAGGCGAAGGAGGCGGGACUUUCCCCUUCAAUCCUACAAAAAAAAAAAAAAGUGCCCUGGAGCCUCCUGCUAGCUAGCCUGUCACAUCGCCAGCUGGUUUCUGAAAUCGAUCGGUAGUUUAAAUGAAUUUUAAUACGACGUAAAUUCGCACUUGUGCAGUACGGAUCGGGUAGCUAACAAUAGUAACGAUGAACGUAACUAGCUAAUGUAAAAUGCAAUGAAAUACCAGGAGGUGGCGUACAUUUCGAACAUGGGUAGUACAAAUUUGGUUUCUGGGGCGAAUCGGGUAGCGACAAUGACCUUUAAUAAGACAGCAUCAUUAUAUUUCCCUGUGGAGGUGGUGGAGACCAAACAUGGAGCUAACGGAGAGUUAAUUUUCACUCAUCAUUGUGUGUAAACAGUAACAGCUGAUUGUGUUCUGAUCCGGACCGGAGUGAUGGUUGGUUUUGUGUGUUUCAGGCAGCUGUUGUCGUCAGGUCUGGACCGCAGGAGGCAGCUGGGAGACAUGGAGUUCUCCAACAGAUACGCAGAGUUCCUCCGAUCUAAAGCCAAACACAGCUCCAUCUGCGCCUUCCUGCGCCGCAUUCAGGCCGUCAAGAAAAGGUGGGAAACUUCAGCUACUUUAUAACAACAAACAAACUUAAAGAGGACGUUACUGUGAGAAACGACUUUAUUAUAACUGUGUGAAGAUUGUAGAAGAUGAUUCAUGAUGAUGAGAGUCUGUGUAUUUUCACUCCUCAGCGGGGCGGGAGGAGACGUGGAGAAGGUGAACCUGCUCCUCAAACAGUACAUGUGUCCGUCCAUCUACAACCCCUGGCAGACUGACCUGUAGGGGGCGCUCAGAGAGGAACAGGAGCUGAUAUUUGAUGUUCAGAGUACAUG